AUGCCUCUGCUAUUACUCGUCAUAUCACUAUGGAUACACUCUACGACUCAGCCUGGAAUGGCUAUAAUUUUAGAUUUCAUUGGUAAAGCUCCCGUAAACGUAACUGGUGUCAUGUUUUUCGACUUUGCGAUAGCAACUCUCGAGCUGGUCGGCACCGCAAUGUAUUACGAGCAUGCAAUUAUUUUCUCCCGAUAUCAUCGUAUGUACAGAACCUUUGAAGCCACCAUAUCGACUAUAAUUAAUCUUGUACAAGAUAAUAAGCACGCAACCAAGGAUAAGACCUCAGUCCUUUAUAAGGACCCAAGAAACAUUAGCGGGUCAGUUACGAAUGCCACGUCAGGACAAGGAGAGGGAGAAGAAGAUACAAUGUUAGGACAGAAUCCGACAACUGCCAUCGCGAGUCGGCUUCCACUUCCGUUUAAUCUCGACUUUACUCGUCCAAAUCGAACUUCAAGAACGGGUAAUGCCGUGCCGGGAGCUUUAUUGAGAGACUGGUGA